UAGUUUUCGAAACUUUUCACGGAAAUUUGAUCGUUGCCUACUACAUACAGUUAUUAAUAGCAGUUGUCAAUCUUAUUUAAAUAAACUAUCUCUGAUAUGACAAUAUUAGGUGACAUUUUUGAAACGAAAGAAUGGGUUAAUGAAAAAGGCGUAUGAAUUGAGCGUCUUGUGCGAUUGUCAAGUUGCUCUGAUCAUAUUCAAUACCCAUGGCAAGCUAGUGCAGUACUCGAGUACUGAUAUUGACAGGAUUUUGAUGAAGUAUACAGAGUAUAACAAGCCCUUUGAAACCAAAUCAAACAAGGAUUUUGCUACGGCUCAAAAUGAAGUUGAAGAAGGAACAUCGCCAUCGCCAGCAGCUUCUAUCGCAGCAGCAGCAACAGGAGAAGCUGCAGGCCUCAUGAAUCCUCUGGAAGAUACAACAACCGAGGAUGUCAAGACCAUGCCAUCGGCUGCAUCUUCACCCGCAUUGUCGUCAACAGCGAGUCACCAUUCGUCGACGUACCAUGCACCUCCACCGAUGCUUCACCAAUCGCCGUACUAUUCUUCUGUAGCCAGGCAGCCACAAUCAUCAUUGUUUUAUCAGCCACAGCCUGCUCAGUCGCCGCAACCGAUGUACCGUGGUACACAUCAAACACCGUCUAUAACAACGACAGCAACUGCAACAACGUAUCCACAUCAACAGCAACAUCACUAUGACCCAAUGAAUCGCGAACGAUCGAACUAUAUGCUACACUCUCAUCAUCAGCAACAGCCAAUAUAUCCAUCUUCCGCAUCAUCAUCGACAACGACUACUACCACCAAUAUGAGCUCACCACAGCCGACGACUCCAUCCUAUGCAAUGCCAGCUACGGCACCUCUGCCGACAUCUACAACAACUGCGACGACCGCAUCGGUGUCACCGUCAGGGGCGGCGGCGGCGGCGGUAGCAGCAGCAACAAUGACACGAAAACAACAACCUCCGGGACUGCGAGUUCAAAUUCCACACGAACAGCAACAGCAGGCACCUGCUUCUGCGCUACCGCCAUCGCAGUUUGCCCAGAACUUACCAUCGCCGUCCGUGUUUUAUCCAGAAUUCUACCAACAGAGCGAGUUGCCAAGUCCUUUGCACUUUUCCGCAACACCCACGACCUCAAAUGGCAUGUUUCAUUGGCCGCCAGCGGCGCCCACGCCACCACCACUACCGCCGCCGCCGCAAAACCAGCAACAGCAUCGGGAAUAUAAGCCGUCGCCACUAGCAGCAUCAUCAUCGGUGGUCGAUCUAGGGUAAGAAAAGGGGCCCCGGCGCGAACAGAAAAAAAAAGUGUCAUAAGUCGGAGAGAUAAACUGCAGACCGAAACUGACCGGAUCGCCAAAAAAAAAACUUUUUUUCC